AUGCGGCGGCAGAUUUUAUUGUUGGCGCUGCUGAUAGGAUCUUCACAAGCUUCGAUUCAAUGUAAAGACAACAAUAAUAAUCCCGUAGAUUGGUUUGUUUUCUAUAAACUGCCACAUCUAUAUAAUCACAAUGACAAUUUUCCCAUUUCAAAUGGUACAGGAUUUCUCUAUCUUGAUGAAUUUGAUACUAAUUGGAAAUUAAUGGACGAGGGAAUGGAUGUAGAGAACAAUGCAAUCUUCUACACAUUGCAACAAUAUUACAAAUCCGACAAUAAUUCAGUUUUCUCAUAUUUGUAUAACGAUGAAUGGCCAGAUAGUGAUAUUUGGAGUCCAACAUCAGGGCAUGCAAAAGGUGUAUCUGUUUUUGAUCGAUCAACCGGAUUCUGGAUGCUUCACAGUAUUCCCAAGUUCCCUAGUGUCGACGAAUUUCGAUUUCCGCGAAAUGCACGUUGGUACGGACAAAUGGGUGUCUGCAUUUCAUUCCCAACACUUACUUUAAACGAUAUUGCGCUUCAAUUGUUCUACUAUAACACGUUCACAUAUCAUAUCAAUGUUCCCGAUUACUUUGCAAACACCGUUCCACUAUUGAAUCGUCUCAAAAAUGGCGAUUAUCAAAGGAACGCACCGUAUACAAGCAUCAAAAUUCUCAAAUCACUCGAUGGAAAGAAUUUCAAACAUUUCGCCAAGACUGGAAAUUUUGGAAAAGAUUUGUAUGCCGAUUUAGUGGUCCCUGAGGUUCGUUCUUCUCUGAAAGUCGAAAUCUGGAAUCAUCAAAGUGGAAAUGAGACAAACCUUCCUUCUCAAUGUAAUCCGAAUCCACAUAAGUCAGUGCUCAAUGGAAAAUACAUUCGUCUUCCAUUCAAUAUUUAUUAUUCGAGUUAUGAGGACCACUCAAAGUUCGCAGUGGCUUAUAAUGAAGUUUUUGGACAACCUCCGAUGCCAUAUGUUUGUAUUGGUGAUAUUAACAGACAGUCUCACCAACUGUAUCGCGGUGGAGGAACAAUGUGUUUCUUCGAUCAAAACGUCUAUUACACUUUCUCGACUAUGAUAUCGGAAACAGUACCAUGCCCAUUGUAA